AUAUGUGCACGUUGUGAUAACGGGAUCGCCACCAUUGCAGUUGUAGUGAGGACACAGACCUACAUUAGCUCGGAACUUAUCUUCUUCAGGCUGAACAUUCAAGAAAACAAUGGUUAGGACCAGCAACUGUUGUUGUUGCUUCAGCCUCAGAACCGGUUCCCUAAUAUUAGGAUGGUUGCAACUGAUAGGAGCAAUAUUAAACAUUAUUACUGCUAUAUUCAUGAAAAGUCAAGAUGAAAGCAAUCUCAGCGAUGUCAGCAAGGCAAUAAGCAAUCCAAAUGCGUUCUGGGGAAGUAUGCUUGGCUACGUGAUAGCUUUGCUGAUGGCUUCCAGUUUACUUUACGGCAUAUAUGCUGAACGGAAAAAGUUCAUCUUCUACUACGUCUACGCCCAGAUACUUAUCAUCCUUCUGAAUAUCAUCAUCCUUAUUGUGCUGCUAGCAACUGGCUCCGUCACUGGCGUUGCUGCUACUAUCGUUCUUUACGUGAUUGUCUGGCUAAUCCAGGGAUACUUCAUAGUCGUGGUGUACAGUCUGUACAAAUCUGAUGAGGACUAGCAAACAGAGAACACCGGCUCCAGGGACCAUGUACAACAUCCUGUCUACGUUAUUAGCUUAUACAAAACCAUAACGGGGAUUGUAUCUUUGAUUUUUAUUGUGAUUGCAGUUUUAGGAUUUAUGUUUAUUUGACAUAAAGAAGGCUAUCUUUCUAUCCAUUAUAUAUUUUUAUUUUAAUAAAGAACAAAGAAAAAUC